CCUCCACUACCACUAUCACCUCCACCUCCACUACCAACUCCACUACUACCACCUCCACUACUACCACCUCCACUACUACCACCUCCACUACCACCACCUCCACUACUACCACCUCCACUACCACCACCACUACCACCUGCACCACCUCCACCACCACCUCCACUACCACUACCACCUCCACUACCACCUCCACUACUACCACCUCCACUACUACCACCACCACUACUACCACCUCCACUACCACCUUCACCUCCACUACCACUGCCAACUCCACCUCCACUACCACUACCACCACCACCUUCACUACCACCUCCACUACUACCACCUCCACUACUACCACCACUACCACCUCCACUACUACCAACUCCACUACCACCUUCCCUCCUACCAUCUCCACUACCACCUCCACCACCUCCACCACCUUCACUACUACCACCUCCACUACCACCUCCACUACUACCGCCUCCACUACUACCACCUCCACUACCACUACCACCUCCACUACUACCACCUCCACUACCACUACUACCACCUCCACCUCCACUACCACCUCCACUACUACCGCCUCCACCUCCACUACUACCACCUCCACCUCCACUACCACCUCCACUACUACCACCACCACUAUCACCUCCACUACCACCUCCACUACUACCACCUCCACUACCACCUCCACUACUACCACCUCCACUACUACCACCUCCACUACCACUACCUCCACUACUACCACCUCCACGACAACCACCUCCACUACCACUACCACCUCCACUACUACCACCACCUCCACUACCACCUCCA